CACCCAAGGCGUCUUCGUGGUUUUUACUAAACAUUUGCUAAUCUCUCACUCUAUUUCCCGGAAAGAGUGAGAUCUGACCCCUGAAACUAUCAAUUCGGUGCUUGUUCAACAUGUGGAUCCAAGAGAAGAGUAGAAUCUUCACACAGAAUCAAACAUUUUCAAGAGCCGCACCAUAGAAUGAAGAAUGAAGGACAUGAAAGAGUUCAAAUUAAAGAGACUGGAGGACGAGCCAUUAGGAUACACCGGUUGCUGCAAUAUACAUCGUCUGUUUGUUUGAAUUCUUUGGAUCCUCCAUGGAAGUUGUUGGAUGUGUGUCAAGCAUCACAGGCUUGUGUAUUAGUUGUCUACAUGAAGUAAUUGGAAAAAAGUACAAACACUUGAGAACAGCCAAAAGGAGUUCUCAAAAGCUGAAUAAUUUGAUGGAAAAGUUGGAAGCUCAUAAAAAAGAUGUUGAACAUGAAGUAAAUAAAUUAUGGUAUCUAAAAGGGGCUGAAUCAACAAAUGUAUGUAAUUUAUGGCUUGAGCAAGCUGAACAGCUGAAAAGAGAAGUAAGCAACCUCAUAGGUGAAAAUGGCCUUCUUAGACCGGAUAAAGGAUGUUGUUUCAUUUGUUCAAGAAUCAAGUUAGGGGAACUUAUAGAGAAGAAGAUCGUAGAUACUAAUGAACUUUUAGAGAAUGUUCCACAUUCAGAUGAUUCAGUUGUCAAUUUUGUAACCAAGAGAGGUGUUUUGCUUUCUGCAACACCAAUGAUGGAAUACGAAACACACGAGCAAAUAUUUAUGAAGAUCUGGGGAUUCUUGUUUGAUGAGCAUGCCAGAAGGAUUGGUAUUUUUGGGGCGGGAGGAGCCGGUAAAACAACUAUUAUGUCAGAAGUUAAUAAUCGCCUGUUGAUUAAUAGCACUGAAUUUAACUGCAUUAUUUGGGUGGAAGCAUCAAAGGAUCUACAGAAGUUGCAGCAGGAUAUAGCUGUGAAGUUGGAUUUGACUUUUCAAGAAGCUGAUGAUGAAAGAACAAGAGCCUCGAAAUUGUUAGAAGCUUUUAAUAGGAGGAAGAGAUUUACACUGAUUUUAGAUGAAGUUUGGGAACCAUUCAAUAUUGAAAGCAUUGGAAUCCCUGUGCCAACAGUAGAGAAUGGUUGUAAAUUAGUGAUUAUAACUCGAGAUGUUAGAGUGUGUAGAGUUAUGGAAACAGACAAAGAUGUGGAGGUGAAAGUUCUUUCAAAAGAAGAAGCAUGGGAUCUCUUCAAGGACAAAGCUGGGGAACAAGUGCUAUCAAAUCCAAAUAUACAAUCAAUUGCAAUGGAUGUGGCAAAAGAAUGUGGUGGUUUGCCUCUAGCUAUUGUUGCAGUUGGACGUGCAUUGAGAAAUACAACUAACAUAAGAGAGUGGGAGAAUGCAUUGGCAGAGUUAAGAACUUCAAAUACUGGCAUAUAUACCAUCGAUGAAAUGGUGUGUUCUCGUUUGAAGUUGAGCUAUUCAACACUAAAGGAUGAUACAAGGCGAUCGUGCUUUCUAUAUUGUUCCUUAUACCCAAAAGGUCACCUAAUUGAUGAGAAUGAAUUGAUUAAUUAUUGGGUUUGGGAAGAUUUAUUGGAAGGUCAAAGCAUGUUUGUGAUGAAACGAAAGGGGCAAAUGAUUAUAGAUGAACUAAUAUCAGGAUGCUUGCUGGAAUUGAAGAUUGAAAAUGGGGUGAGAUUUGUUAAACUGCAUGAUAUGGUAAGAGACAUGGCCAUCACAAUCAUGAGCACAAAGCCUAGAUGCAUUGUGAAUGCUGGCAUGGGACAAGUAAAACCAGCAAUGCCUCAGGAAUGGAGAGAGGAUAUUCAAUGGGUAUCGUUGAUGAGAAAUGAUGUGAAAUCUAUAGACUUCAGUCCAAUGUGUCCUAGAAUCACUUCUUUGCUACUUCAGUAUAACUCAUUGGAAAACCUAUCAGGCCCCUUCUUCAACAACAUGCAUUGGCUAAAAGUUCUUAAUCUCUCCUAUACUGGGAUUCAUGUUUUGCCAGUGUCUCUUUCGAAUUUGUAUAAUCUACAUGCCUUAUUGUUGAGUCACUGUUGGAAUCUUGUUGAAGUUCCAUCCUUAGAGAGGCUCACUAAAUUGAAGCAUUUAGAUUUUUCAUUUUCUAGAGGUUUAACAAAACUUCCACUAGGGAUGGAACAAUUGACUGAUUUGAGACACCUGGAUUUCUCCUUCACGUCUGUCCAAAACUUACCAACUGGACUCAUAUCCAAAUUUACCCUUCUGGAGGGCUUGUUGAUGUUGGGUUCGCAUAUGAUUGGAGUAUCAUCUAAGCGUGCAGAGCGCACCUUGUAUCCAGUGACAGUGGAAGAAAUCAUAUCCUGUCAUAAUCUGUCUCUUCUACACAUGCAAUUCUUUGACCUUGAAGACUAUCAAAAGUUUGCUAAAUUUCUGAAGUCAUCUCAAUUAAAGGAGUUGAAACUUGUUGUCGGGCUCCACAAUCCAGAAUUUUCUGAGAAAACUGGUUUAGCAAUAGGAGGGGGAAAUAGACGGGUUUCAGAAGCCGAGAUUACUGCAUUGAUUCCACUUGAUGUAGAGGAGUUAAUAAUUUGUGAUAUUUUUGGUAUGGAAUGCUUGUCUUUGUACUUAUUGGAUGCAAUGUACUUGAAAAGGUGCCGAUUAGAUGGGUGUCCAGACAUCAAAUGCAUUGUUGAAUCAAAGGAGAACAAUUUGUCCCUGCUAGAGAGAUUGAAUCUGCGUCAUUUGCCAAAGUUGAGGAUGAUCUGUGGGAAAGUGGUGAGACCACGUACCCUAAUGAACCUCAAGAGCAUUCAUGUGGCAUCCUGUUGGUCGUUGAAAUGUCUGUUCCCGAGGCAGCUUAUGGACGAGCUUAAAAGUCUGGAAGAAAUUGCCAUCGAUCGUUGCUUCGAGAUGGAAGAAAUCAUUGAAGGAGAGAGGAAUGCAAACGCUGAAAACAGCAGCCAUGCUGCCAAAGUGAUCCUUCCAAAAUUGCAAAGGCUGAAAUUGGACAAAUUGCCAACACUGAAAAGCAUAUACAAAGGGGACAUUGAAUGCAAUUCUCUGCGCACUAUUGAAGUUGAGGACUGCGAUGCUCUGAAUAAGUUGCCUCCGGGUUUGUUUGGAGCAGAGGCUGGUCAGCAAAUCUCACCAUCAGCCACCCUCCAACAAAUAACAUGUACAUACACAUGGUGGCAAUCAUUGCAGUGGGACCAACCUGAAGCUAAGAUUCUCCUUCAACCAUACUUAGUCAAUUACUUUAACAGUAAUGUGGCAGGGAGACAUGCAGGGACAAGAUUUUGAGUCCGAGCACCAGCUAUACUGCCGUCAGCAGCAGUUAUACUGCCUUCAGCGGCAGUUAGAUACCUGAAGACAGUAACAGUAUACGAAGGGAGGCAUGGAGCUAGCCGUACAAUAUCUUGAUUUGAUUCCACGAGUAUUGUUAAUUUAUUGUUAAUGUUGAUUUUUUUUUUUUUUUUAUGAAGUUUGAUGUUUGGUAAAGAAAACAUAGUUUUGUUUGAUCUGAAUGAUUUCAAAGCUACCUUAUUUCUUUUCAAGAUUUGUAUUGAAAGCAUAUGCUUUCGUGAAUGAUUUUGGCUUGUGUGUGUGUGGUAAGUAGGAUGUCUAUGAUCAUUUAUCAUUUAGUUACCUAAA